AUGGAGUUACUACCUGAAGGUCAAAGAAAUACUGCAACUGAAGUAUCAUGGGAAGAUCAACAAAAAAUCAAUAAAUUUUCAACAUUAGUGAAUAAAAAAGAUAAUAGUUUAAUAAUUUUAGAAAAAUUAAAAACUGAAAAAGAAUAUUUAGAUGAUUUAUCAAUGGAAUUAGAAUUAUUAGAUGAAGAUGAAAAAAUUCAAUAUAAAUUAGGUGAUUGUUUUGUUUUUUUACCUGUUUCUAAAGCAUUAACUAAGAUUGAACAAAAUGAUACUAAAUUAACUGAUCAAAUUAAUGAAAUUGAAAAUCAAAUUGAAAAUUAUGAUGAAAAUUUAAAGGAAUUGAAAAAGCAUUUAUACGCUAAAUUCGGUAAUAAUAUAAAUUUAGAAAGGCAGGAGAAAUUGAUUUAA